CCUUUCUGUCCUACAGCGAGUGGAUCGAGAACUUUAGACCUUACAUUGGUGUGAAUUUCACUGCUUUCUACAAACGCUAGCAAUAAUCAAACAACAUGGCAAACAGGGAUAAAGCAUCGGAUCAACUGAAGGAGUUCAAGAAGACUCAGACGAAACCCGAGACCUUGACGACAGCUACCGGGGCACCCAUUGAUAAUAAGAAUGCUAUCCUUACAGUGGGACCCAGGGGUCCUCUGUUGAUGCAAGAUUUUGCUUACACGGAUGAAAUGGCUCAUUUUGGUAGAGAACGUAUUCCUGAGAGAGUGGUACAUGCUAAGGGUGCAGGAGCCUUUGGGUAUUUUGAAGUCACUCAUGAUAUAUCAAGGUACUGUAAAGCUAAGAUAUUUGAACAUGUCGGAAAGAAAACUCCUCUCGGUGUUAGAUUUUCAACUGUAGGUGGUGAGUCUGGCUCUCCGGAUUCUGCUCGUGAUCCUCGUGGAUUUGCUGUGAAGUUUUACACCGAUGAAGGUAACUGGGACUUAGUCGGUAAUAAUACACCCAUCUUUUUCAUCAGAGAUCCAAUGUUGUUUCCAAAUUUUAUCCACACACAGAAAAGAAAUCCAGUAACACAUCUGAAGGAUCCUGACAUGUUCUGGGAUUUUAUUACACUACGACCAGAAUCAACUCAUCAAGUCUCAUUCCUCUUUUCCAACCGUGGUACACCAAAUGGUUACAGACAUAUGAAUGGUUAUGGCAGUCAUACAUUCAAACUGGUCAACAAGGACGGAAACCCAGUUUACUGUAAAUUCCAUUAUAAGACUGAUCAAGGUAUCAAGAAUCUGACUGGUGAUGAAGCUGCGGAGAUGGCCAAGUGUGAUCCAGAUUUUGCAAUCCGUGAUUUGUAUAAUGCUAUUGCAGAAGGAAAUUAUCCCACUUAUACCAUGUACAUACAAGUGAUGACAUAUGAAGAAGCUGAGAAACAUAGAUGGAAUCCGUUUGAUUUGACGAAGAUCUGGCCACACAGUGAAUUUCCACUGAUUCCUGUCGGUAAAUUGGUGCUGAAUAGAAACCCCAAGAACUAUUUUGCUGAGGUAGAACAGAUCGCCUUCUGUCCGGGUCACUUGGUUCCUGGUAUUGAAGCGUCUCCGGAUAAAAUGUUACAGGGACGUAUAUUUUCGUACUCUGACACCCACCGUCAUCGUCUUGGGACAAACUAUUUCCAAAUACCAGUAAAUUGUCCAUUCAAUGCAAGAACUUACAACUACCAGCGGGAUGGUCCCCAGUGUGUCACUGAUAAUCAAAAUGGUGCCCCCAACUACUUCCCCAACAGUUUCCAGGGACCCCAAGAUAAUCUAAAAUAUGCUUCCCAUGUGGAUCACGUCAGUGGUGACGUCAAACGUUACAAUACUGCUGAUGACGAUAACUUUACGCAAGUCGGUUCCUUCUGGCGUAAUGUUUUGAGUGAAUACGAUAGAACGCAUCUAAUUAACAACAUUGCUGGACACUUGAAGGAUGCCCAGGAGUUUCUGCAGAAACGAGCUGUUCAUAAUUUUAGCCAAUGUGAUCCAGAAUAUGGUCGUAGAUUGGAAGAGGCAUUAGCAAAGUAUAAG